GACUGUGACCCCCUCAGUUGGGGCUGUGGGCAGACCAGCUGGACAGGGUGGGCUGCUUUUCUUCUGUUGUGCUUAAGAAAAACGGACAUAAUCCUUCAUAUACUCAUAAAAACAACAAGGAAUAGAAGACAGAAGUCAUUUUACUGCUGGAGAACUAUGGUGAAACAGCGGCGGGUCAGAGAGGCCCCCUGCUGUGCAGCUGUUUGUUGCAGAAGAGGAUCAUGGAGGACUCUGACCGAGCCUGCCAUCUUUGCUGCGGAGACCAGCUGCGACUGCAGCGCACCUCAUGAGAAGCUCAGCAUCGCACAAGCACGCAGAGGGACCCCAGUCGACCGGCCAGUCAGAGUCUACGCAGAUGGCAUCUUUGACCUGUUCCACUCAGGCCAUGCUCGGGCCCUCAUGCAGGCCAAGAACCUGUUUCCAAACACCUAUCUCAUAGUAGGAGUGUGCAGCGAUGAGCUGACUCAUAAGUACAAGGGCUUCACAGUCAUGACGGAGCACGAACGUUACGAAGCCCUGAGGCACUGCCGCUACGUUGACGAAGUUCUUAGAGAUGCACCGUGGACGCUCACGCCAGAGUUCCUUGAGAAACACAAGAUCGAUUUUGUGGCUCAUGAUGAUAUCCCGUACUCAUCAGCGGGGACCGAGGACAUUUAUAAACACAUCAAAGAAGCAGGGAUGUUUGUCCCAACGCAACGGACAGAGGGGAUCUCAACCUCCGAUAUUAUCACCAGAAUUGUCCGAGACUAUGAUGUAUACGCCCGACGUAACCUGCAACGCGGCUACACAGCUAAGGAGCUUAAUGUUAGCUACAUCAAAGAGAAAAAGUAUCGACUACAGAACCAGGUAGAUCGCAUGAAGGAAAAGGUUCGAACUGUUGAAGAGAAGAGCAAACAUUUCGUAUACCGCGUGGAGGAGAAGAGCCACGAUCUCAUCCAGAAAUGGGAAGAAAAAUCUAGAGAGUUUAUUGGCAACUUCCUAGAACUUUUUGGACCCGAUGGGACAUGGAAACAAGUGUUCCAGGAACGCAGCGGCCGGAUGCUGUCCUACGCUCUGUCGCCCAGAGAGUCGCCCUGCAACAGCCCUCCGCGUGAACUGUCCCCCCUGCGCUCCCCCUCCCCUCCAUCGCCCCCCGCCCGCUGGUACAACGCCCGGCCCUCGCCCCCCAACUCCCCCAAAGGAGCCUCAGCCUUGAUGAGCAGCAUGAGUGAAGGCGACGAGGACGAGAAGUAGAUUAAAAAAAGCAGAAACGUUUCACUUCACGGUACACUGCCUAGGAACACCUCACCAAAAAACACUUUUCUCCAAACGUCGGCUGGAAACAGAACCAGGUUUCCUUAAAGACGUUGCAGAUUUGCAACGCUGACACUGAUCAGUGGAAUACAAAAAAAAGCCAUGAUUCUCUGGGGAGCAGAGCAGAGAGAGAUGGAGGAAAGGGAAGGAAAAAGAUGUGGAUUUAUUCUAUGUAUUCAGUGUCACUGUUUUUUAUACAAGAACAAGAACUCUGUGCAAUACCUGUAAAGAGGACUUUCUUUGGUUUGUCCAGAACCAAUAGACACUGAAACCAAUUGCUAACAUCACUGGAUUGUUUCUUGUCAUGCUUUUUGUCCUUAUUUUGUAAAAUGCCAAGCUUCUUUACAAAUUCCCUUUAACAUACAAGUAGGCACUCAUUUCAAGACACCUUUUCCCACAAUGUUACAUUGGAAUAACAGAAAAAGACACUGCACACAACCCAGACACAUUGUUAUUGUUAGUUUAAACCAUUUUUGUAAAUAAAACAAACUGUACUAAUAA